CUUAACCGGCCCCGAGUGGAAAUUCAGAAAGUUCAGUGUCCUUCCAUGUUCAGCAAUAUAUUGAAGCUAUUCAGGGCAUUUUCAAGUAAUUUAGAGGGUAGCUAGAGUCAUGAUUAAGCUAUUUUCACUUAAACAGCAAAAGAAGGAGGGAGAAGGUGCAAAAUCCGGGACAAAGAGGGCUUCAGCAGCUCAGUUAAGGAUACAAAAAGAUAUUGCAGAGCUUAGCUUACCAAAAACAUGUGUAACAGAUUUUCCUGAUGAGGAUGACUUUCUGAAUUUCAAGCUUAUUAUAACACCGGAUGAGGGAUUCUACAAAAAUGGAAGGUUUAUAUUUAGUUUCAAGGUUGGUGCAGGAUAUCCCCAUGAUGCCCCAAAAGUGAAGUGUGAAACAAAGGUUUACCACCCAAACAUUGACCUGGAAGGAAACAUCUGCUUAAACAUCUUAAGGGAAGACUGGAAACCAGUUUUGACCAUCAACUCUAUCAUAUAUGGAUUACAAUACCUCUUUCUUGAACCUAACCCAGAUGACCCACUCAAUAAAGAGGCGGCAGAAGUUUUACGCUCCAAUCGACGGCUAUUUGAGCAAAACGUCCAGAAAGCAAUGCGAGGUGGAUACGUGGGAAGUGUAUACUUCGAUCGCUGCCUGGUGAAAUAGUUGCUGCUAAAAUUUUGAAGAGAACCUUAGGCAGAAUAUGUAUUUAAUAUCGCAUAGUACAGGACAUGGGAUUAAAAGACAUUUAAAUCUGGAAACAAAAUCUAGAAGCUAACUUUCCAGGGACAAUGGUAGUACUGCCAUCAAUAUUUUUAUUUUCUAUUGUCCUGUAAAUAUAUUUGAUGCAGUUCCUGUUUUAGGUCACAUGUGCAACUGAGACCUGUAUAGGGAGAUCCAUAAGUGAGGCCUUUGUGGAAUAGUGCAUAAAUCUGGGGUUGAGUUUUGUAACAUGUUCCUGUACAUAAUGUUUUUGCAAUAGUGAUAAGUAUGGUACAGUGAA